AUGGCCUUCAAUCCGCGGGCAAUGUCUUCGGGACAUUAUCGACAAGCCUCUGCGUCCGACAACCUGAACGCUGCAGGGAUGUCGGCAAGCGUAUCGCUGCAGACACGUGUCAACGAGAAGAAGGAGGAGCUCGAGAAUCUGAAGCAGUUGCGGGACCUAAGCGCUGCAGUCGCUUCGCAAAUGGAGGCUCUCGAGAACAAGCUCUCGACGCUCUCUGAUGGCACAGAAGCGAUCGCAGUAGUCAUGGCCAACUGGAACAAUGUAUUGAGGGCAAUCAAUAUGGCAACGACAAAACUUCCUCGCGCCACCGAGUCCGAGGAUACGAUUGCACUUCCACAAAUGCUCGUCCGCAUUCCGACCGAACAUGCUCCCUCGCUCCAAGCACAAGCAGCCGAGGCUGGGAUCAUUUCUGACGAGCAGGAAGGCGCAUAG